ACAAGUUUGAAUACAUCCGGCAUGUUACUCCGCCUCACUCCUCCAAAAGAGACACAAUCUGGAUCCAUCCUAAAUACUUCUUUGGGGACGACGAUGAAGAGGAAGAGUCAUCAGAUAACACAGUGCCUAACAACCCUCUGGCUCUAAAUGUCAGCAAGGCUGCUUUUUUAAACCAGUUUCCACUGACCGAUGUAUUCCAAUCCACCAAAACAGACUUCAUUGACCGUAAAACAACCCCUAGGUAUGUGCCAGUCAAGGUCAACGUGCAAACAGGGGUUAUAACAGAUGACUCUGUGGUGGCUAGUAAUAACCCAUUUGAAGUGGAAACACAACAGGAUGAAACACCAGCUGGGCCUAAGCCUGACCCCAAACCAGUAAAACCCCAGAGAAAGCAUUCGGAAAAGAUCAAAGCAUACAUCAAAUCGGGACAGUAUUUGAAAGACAAACGUCUUUAUGAACAGGCCUUAUAUCGCUACAGUGGACAGGCUGUAAGAGACCAGGCUCUGAGAGAGGCAGAGAGAAACAAACCCAAGAUUAUUAUUGUUCCUCUGGUUCUAGUCUGGAACGUCUUUAAUUACGCAUUCUUGACCACGCGAUAUGUGCCGUAUGACAGUGGUCUUUGUAAUGAUAUGGUUGAUCACAUCCACAUCAAGAUUCAGAAGGAGGCACUUAAGUACAAGGACCACAGAGUGUUCAAAUCCACUCUGAAGAAUCUUGAAGAGGAUCCAUUGAUGAUGAGCACCUUUGUCUUAAACUGCUGUCAGUCAUUUGUAAUUAAAUACUGGAACAUCGUCCAGGACCAUAUACGAUCGAAAGAACAGCUGCACCCAGACAAACUGUCUCUGCUGGUCUGUGACCUCAUGGUGGGGGAGAUUAUGACUCAUCUGAGGCCUACCUUGACUUUCUCCAAAGACACUAAAGAUGGGGACAACCGGCCGUACUGCAUUAAUGUCCCGGUCAAAAGAGAUACCAGCUCUCCAGAUGAUGCAGACAAGACCAAGCUGGAGCUUCGCAUUGAGAAAGCUAGGGCUGACCAAAUGAAGGAACUUCUCGUCCCAUCGGAACCCAAAGACCACUCAUGGGCAGCUUGGAUGGAAAUGAUGGAGGAGUAUGAGCAGUUUCAUAAGAAGAAAACCUGUUGGGACUGGUUCUGUGGACUGUUUCGCCGGAAGAAAAAGACCACGUUUGAAAAAAGAGUGGAAGAUUUCGAAAAAUACUGUCGCAAGAGCAGUUAGAGUCCGACACACAAACAAACCAAAUGAAUUGAUUCACACACAUUAGACUACCUUUGACAUCAAACCAAAUUAACUGACACACGCACAUUUUUUACUUAGAAAUCCUCUGACCACAAACAAAUGAACUGAUACACACAUAAAAAAUGUGCCUUCCUCAAACCACACACAAACCAUAUGGAUUUAAACAGUACACACAUUUACAACUUAGUCUUCCUCUGACAACAACCUUUUCCCCUGUUAUUUAUAAAAAUUAAAU